UCCUCCUUCGCCUCUUUCCCCCAGCCACACCCUCCUCAACUACUCGCCUUGAGUAGGGCUGUCUGCCUUUCCUUCAGUACCGUUCUCCGUGAAGCACGGAACUGUGCUUCUCUUACUGCCUAGGAGAACUCUCUUUCUUGUAAAAACUCCUCUCUUUCUUCGGUGCCUAGUGUGCGUCCGUAAGGACUGAUACGUCCAUCAUGCCGCAGGGCGAGCACAUAGAGCUUCACCAGAAGCGCCAUGGCUUCCGCUUGGAUCACUUCGAGCGGAAGCGGAAGCGCGAGGCUCGGCAAGUGCACAAGACGUCCCAGAUCGCCAGAAAUACGAUCGGUCUCAAGGCGAAGAUGUUCGCGAAGAAGCGUUACCAGGAGAAGGCGACGAUGAAGAAGACUCUGGCGAUGCACGCGGAGCGGACGAACAAGCACAAGGCGGACGCGCCUGUGGCGGAGGGCGCGGUGCCCGCGUACCUUCUGGAGAGAGAGGCGACGGCGCGCGCUAAAGUGCUGAGCAACACCAUCAAGCAGAAGCGCAAGGAGAAGGCGGGCAAGUGGGACGUGCCUCUGCCCAAGGUUCGCCCCAUAGCAGAGGAUGAGAUGUUCCGAGUCGUCAGAUCAGGGAAGAGGAAGACCAAGCAGUGGAAGCGGCUAGUGACCAAAGUCACCUUUGUUGGUCCGGGGUUCACGCGUAAGCCACCCAAGUACGAGCGCUUCAUCCGCCCCAUGGCCCUGCGCUUCACCAAGGCGCAUGUGACGCACCCCGAGCUGAAGUGCACGUUCCAUCUGGACAUCAUCAGCGUGAAGAAGAACCCCAACGGCCCCAUGUACUCCUCCAUGGGGGUCAUCACCAAGGGAACCAUCAUCGAGGUGAACGUGAGUGAGCUUGGAUUGGUCACACCAGCUGGCAAAGUCAUUUGGGGUAAAUACGCCCAAGUGACGAACAACCCAGAGAAUGAUGGUUGUAUAAAUGGAGUACUUUUGGUGUAAACAUUUUAUAUACGAACUAUCUAGCAGCAGAUGGGUAAUUGUGUCAACAUGACCAUGUUGUAGAGAGAGUAUAGCCAAGACUAAUAAUGAAUAGCAUGAGACCAAUAAAGUGUGCUCUUUGAUGUCAGGGGAUCCGCUUAUACU